AUGAGCUUACACAUCCUGCUUAUGGCAUUCACGGUCGCAUUAGUCCUUCAAUUGCUUCCGUUUGGUUUAUGUCAAACUAACCUUACAGAUGAGCUGACGAACGAAUUGGGAGAGACUGCAUUCCCCGUCAUAACGCUGGGAAAGGAUAUCACUUCAUUGUAUUAUGCCAAUGUAUCCUUUGGUGACCCAGCGGAUGAGCAGUUAUUAAGAGUGGAUAUUGGGCAACCUUAUACGUGGUUAAUCUCGAAGCCUAAUGACUCUGACACUGCCGUAUAUCUGAAUAAUGGCUACAUUUACGAGUUCAGUUUUAUGGAUAGUAUUGAGGUAAACGUAUCAGCUACGAUGGACUCGAUGAAUUUCACUGGGAUCCAUUUCACAAAUAUAUCCGAUGUCUCGGGAACCUAUUCGAUUGAUUCGUCCUCUACAGCAAUAAUUGGCUCUGAUUACAUGUCGAUCUCAAAUAUCUCGUUCUUUGAGACAAAUUAUGCAUCCUUCUACACUGCGGGUUCUUUAGGACUAGGAGGAAGGAUCUCAGAUGGGUCUGCUGCGAUUGAUAGCGAAAAAUUCGAUAGCAGUUUCUUCUUCCUGGACCGCUUGAUGAAUCUCGGUAUCAUUAAGACUCCAUCUUACUCCCUUUGGUUUGGCGCAGAUACGGUGCCUUACGAUCGUCGUAAGUUGGCUUCAGGUACAAUGGCAGAUUGUGGUAAACUGAUUUUGGGCGCAGUUGAUCCCUCGCUUUACACUGGAAUACUACGCAGUUUCAAGAUGAUCCCAUUUAUUGAUCCCGUAAGUCAGGCUCAAUCAAAUAACUACCCCAUCUUACCACUAGGGACUAUUUACAUUAAUUCAGCGAACGGUAAAAGCUUAAACAUGACAUCAGAGGAAUUUGUUGAACCGGUACUUCUCGAUUCGAGAUAUAGCACCACUUACCUACCGAUAGAUGCCAUUGUUCAAAUUGCAGUACAGAUUGGGGCGACUUUUGUGGAAUCACUCGACAAGUGGCUUGUAGCCUGCUCAGUUGCCAAGUUGGAUGUCAGUUUGGACUUCACAUUCGGUAAUAUUGAGAUCAGGGUUCCUCUGGAAGAUUUCCUAGUUACGACAUAUGACCCUAAAAGUAAUACGUCGUUGCAUUUCUCCACUGGAGAAGAAGCAUGUUUUCUGGCAAUGGUCUCUAAAGACAAAACUGGUUACAACGUUUUAGGUGGUCCGUUUUUGAAGAAUCUGUACAUGGCAGUCGACAUUGAGGAUAGUUCUAUCGCCAUUGCUCAGGCCAAGAUGGUCAAUCAAUCUUCUUCAUCUUCUGGAUCUAUUCGCAGUACGUCUGCCUCUAGCGCUGUUUCUUCUGCAGUGAGUUUGAGACCGAUAUCGUCGGGCCACAUACCGUAUGCUCUGUCUCGAAAUUUGACCAGCAGUAUGACACUAUUCCCAUCGGGAGUGCCGAGCCUCACAAGCUACGUUCCAGAUCAGUUCACGGGUACAGUCAAUUCCGAGGGACUGAUAUCAACGGGACGUUCGUUUUAUCAAACUUCCAGAUCUACAUCAACUCCUAAAAGCUCAGAAACUACUUACGAAAGUCUCCUGCUUUCGACAUCCCAGUCUACAACUGCCACUGUAAAUGCAGGAAGCACAAAUAUUCAAGCAUCUAAAAGUGGAUCCGAAGGAUGGAUAGCUUGGCUUCUCGCUGUCAUACUGGGUGCAUCAUCUCUGGAACUUCUGUUGUAA